GCGCCGACGGCGAGUUCGCGGUGACGCACAUGACCAAGGCCCACCUCUCCUGGGACGGCACGGUGACGUGGGUGCCGCCGGCCAUCUACAAGAGCUCCUGCAGCAUCGACGUCACCUUCUUCCCCUUCGACCAGCAGAACUGCAAGAUGAAGUUCGGCUCCUGGACCUACGACAAGGCCAAGAUCGACCUGGAGAACAUGGACCACCACGUGGACCUCAAGGACUACUGGGAGAGCGGCGAGUGGGCCAUCAUCAAGGCCGUGGGCGCCUACAACUCCAAGAAGUACGACUGCUGCACGGAGAUCUACCCCGACAUCACCUUCUACUUCGUCAUCCGGCGCCUGCCGCUCUUCUACACCAUCAACCUCAUCAUCCCGUGCCUGCUCAUCUCCUGCCUCACCGUGCUGGUCUUCUACCUGCCCUCGGACUGCGGCGAGAAGAUCACGCUCUGCAUCUCCGUGCUGCUCUCCCUCACCGUCUUCCUGCUGCUCAUCACCGAGAUCAUCCCGUCCACCUCGCUGGUCAUCCCGCUGAUCGGCGAGUACCUGCUCUUCACCAUGAUCUUCGUCACGCUCUCCAUCAUCAUCACCGUCUUCGUGCUCAACGUGCACCACCGCUCGCCCAGCACGCACGCCAUGCCGCCCUGGGUCCGCAGGCUGUUCCUGGGCCUCAUCCCACGCUGGCUCUCCAUGAAGAGGCCGCCGGCGCCGCCGGCGCCGCCCCGGCAGGGCGCGGCGGGACAGUACGACCGCCCCGGCGCGCGGCUCAGCACGUCGCGGUGCUGGCUGGAGACCGACGUGGAUGACAAGUGGGAGGAGGAGGAGGAAGAGGAGGAAGAGGAGAAAACCUAUCCCAGCCACCCCGCGGAAUCCAAGGAAACGCAAUUCCGCUACGGCGACGGCGGGAAGGAAUCCGGGGGUUCGGGAUCGCGCGGAUCGUCCAAGGGGAAGGAGGAGAAGGAGGAGGAGGAGGAGAAGGAGGAGGAAGGCUCGGAGCAGGGCUUGGCGCUGUCUCCCAGGAUGCUGAAGGCGCUGGAGGGGGUGCAGUACAUCGCGGAUCACCUGCGGGCCGAGGACGCCGACUUCUCCGUGAAGGAGGACUGGAAGUACGUGGCCAUGGUGAUCGACCGGAUCUUCCUGUGGAUGUUCAUCAUCGUCUGCCUGCUGGGCACCGUGGGGCUCUUCCUGCCGCCCUACCUGGCCGGGAUGAUCUAGGAUCCGGCUGGGAUGCCGUGGGAAUGGUGGGAAUGGCGGGAAUGGCGGGAAUGGUGGUGGCCGCAUCCCGCCGGAUGCUGGUGGGGACGUGGAGCUGUGGGGAAUCUCCGGUGGGUGGAGAAGGGGAUGGGGUGAGGGGUGGCCUUGGGAUGAUGUGGGAUAUGGACGUGAUCCCGUGAUCCCACCAUCCCAGGAAGUUGUGGGAGAGGGAUAAGGUUUUGGAUGGUCCGUGCAGAAGGGACACGGACGUGAUCCCAUAAUCCCAUGAUCCCAUAAUCCCAUGAUCCAUAAUCCCAUGAUCCCAAUCCCACACGAUCCCCGGAAAUUGUGGGACAGGGAUAAUGCUGUGGAUGGUCCGUGCAGAGGGGACAUGGACAUGAUCCCAUAAUCCCAUGAUGCCAUCAUCCUGUGAUCCCACAAUCCCAGGAAGUUGUGGGACAGGGAUAAGGUUUUGGAUGGCCCGUGCAGAAGGGACGUGGACAUGAUCCCAUAAUCCUGUGAUCCCAGGAAGUUCUGAGACAAGGAUUAUGUGGAUGGUUAUGCAGAAGGGACAUGGACAUGAUCCCCUAAUCCCAUAAUCCCAUGAUCCCAGGAGGUCAUAGGACAGGAAUAAGGGUUUGGAUGGUCCGUGCAGAAGGGAUUUGGACAUGAUCCGAUAAUCCCAUAAUCCCAUCAUCCCAUGAUCCCACAAUUCCCGUGAUCCCAGGAGGUCAUGGGACAGGGACAGCACUUGGGAUUGUCUGUGCAGAAGGAACACGGACAAGAUCCCAUAAUCCCAUGAACCCAUAAUCCCCUGAUCCCACCAUCCCACAUGAUCCCAGGAGGUCAUGGGACAGGAAUAAGGGUUUGGAUGGUCCGUGCAGAAGGGAUUUGGACAUGAUCCCAUAAUCCCAUCAUCCCAUCAUCCUGUGAUCCCUGGAAACUGUGGGACAGGGAUAACACUUUGUGUUGUCCAUGCAGAAGGAACAUGGACAUGAUCCCAUGAUCCCAAAAUCCCAGGAGGUCAUGGGACAGGGAUAACACUUUGGAUUGUCCGUGCAGAAGGGAUAUGGACAGGAUCCCAUAAUCCAUAAUCCCAUUAUUUUACCAUCCCACCAUCCCAGGAGGUCAUGGGACAGGAAUAACACAUGAUCCCUUAAUUCCAUCAUCCUAUAAUCCCAUGAUCCCAGGAAGCUGUGGGACUGGGAUAACACUUUGGGAUUAUCCAUGCAGAAGGAACACAGAUGUGAUCCCAUAAUCUCAUGAUCCCACAAUCCCAAGAUCCCGGGAGGUCCCUGCUCCUCCCAGGUGUUUCCCUUCUCCAAGCCUCCAGACCAAGCAGCUUCUUCCCACCCCAUCCCACACUGGAACUCGGCCUGGAAAUGGGAACAUCCUGGAAAUUGGGGUGGCUUUGAUGGGAAAACCCACCUGGACAAUUCCCAUGGAUCCUGGGAUCUCCAAGAAUCUCCUGGGAUCUCCACCACCUUUGGCUGGAACAGCAGGAAUCCGCGCUCCUGGAUCCAUCCCAAUCCUCCCCAUCCCACCUCAGAUCCCAAAUUUUCCCAGCUCUGAGAUCCAGCUUUUCAUUCCCAGCUUCCAUAAAUCCUCCAGACCCCUGGGAGCACCUUCCCCAUUUUUCCGCACUCUUGAGAAACACCGGGAUUUUUCCCGGCAGAAGGAGCGCAGACAUGAUCCCACGAUCCCAAAAUCCCAGGAGGUCCCUGCUCCUCCCAGGAGAUUUUUCCCGGCCCGUUUUCCCUCCUGGAGCACGACCGGGAAGAUUUCAGGGAAUGCUUGGAGCACUCUGGAGUGAAGUCACCCGGAAUUAACGGGGACACGGAAGGACAGGCACAUCCCGAGGGUGUCCCUGCCGCUUCCGGAGCCUCCAGAGCUGCCGGACAGACGGAUCAGGCGCGGGGACACCUGGGGGGAGUGUCCAAGCAGGAUCAGGCCAGGAUCUCCUGGAUACGGAGAGGGAUUUCCCAGGAAGGUCGUGGCUGGUUCGGUUGGAGCUGCGUCGCUCCGGGGGGAUGGGUUCUACCAGGACACUGGUAAAAUCUGGGAAUUAUGGAAUUAUCUGGGUUGGGAAAGCUCUUGGAGAUGGAGUCCAAGCGUUCCCAGCGCUGCCGAAGCCACCCCUGACCCGUGUCCUACCAAAUCCACAUGGAAUUAAAUCCAUCCAGGAACGGGGACUCCACCACUGCCCAGGACUGGGAAACCCUUUCCAUGAAGGGAUUAUUCCCAAAAUCCCAUAAAUCAUUCCCAACAUCCCAUAAACCUCCCCCGGCACAGCUGGAGGCCGCUCCCUCUCACCCCAUCCCUCAUUCCCUGGGAGAAGAUCCCGAUCCCACCCGGCUCCACCCUCCUGGCAGGGAAUUCCAGAGGGAGAAGCUCCCUCUGAAUCCUCAUUUUUUUCCAGGAUUUUUCCCAGCUCCAGCUGCUCCAUUCCCUUCCCAGAACACCCUCCAGCCCCUCCAAAUCCUUGGAAUGAGAGGUCACCACCCCAAAAUCUGGGGUGGGUGGCCCCAAAUGUGGCCUUGACCCCUCCACCCUUUUUUGGGAAAGCCCCACUUUGGGCAUUC